AAUCGGAAGCGAGCGCGAGAGGCGAGGGCGGUUGAAGCAGGACAGAAGAAGUGGAGCCGGCGUUGCUAUAGGAACGCGGGACGCCGCUCCGCGCAGGCAGGACGGGGCCGCGGCCGCGCAGAAUUUCAAAAAAUGAGUCAAGCUGGUGAAGAAAGUUCUUCCAGUGACACAGAAUUGGAAGUCGAAAAGGAGGAACCUCUCUCUGCUCUAACUCCAACAGUUUAUACUCGAGAUGAAGGAUUCAUUGAUAUAACAGCAAGUCCUGCAUUUCAGUGUUUAGACGAGCUAUUUUCUUCUGGAAAGCUUCCAGGCAGCAGAGUAGCUGAGCUGAAGGCAAAGUACGCCCUGCUGCAUAAGACUGUGAUAAGUUUACAGGAAUCUGAGAUCCAGCUGUUGCAGGAAGCCAAACAUCUUAGUGUUGAACUGGAACAGCAGCAACGUGAACUGGAAAAAGCAGAACAGUUCCCUGAAGAGUCUGCCAGUGAAGCUUCCCGAAUGAGGCAACAACUUCUUAAAUACCAAAACGAGUGCAAUGCUAUUAAAGAAAGAGAAUAUGUAAUUCAGUCCAAGGUGGAAUGUUUGCAAGAAGAGAAAAGAUUGCUGGAAUGUGAAUAUGAAAGAAUUCCAAAGCAGAGUGAAGCAGAUAAGAAAAUUAAACAAUUGAAAGAAAAUUGUGAUGAGCUCCGCAAAGAAGCAAUCCACAGGAAAGCAGAAAUUCAUGCAAUGAAGGAAGACAUUUUAUCCAAGGAAAAGCUGAUUUCAAAAACCAAGAAAGCAGUGGGGAAGCUCCUAGAAAAGCAGUCCAAUUUAAAAGAUGAGUUAGUUCAGAUCAUUGCUGUUCCUGUGCAACUUGGAAAAGAAACUGAGAAGAUGAAUCGCAAAAAAGUAGAUGCAGAGAAGAAGAAAGAAGCCCUUAAAGAGCAAAUACAAGAGUUAAAUAUUGCCCUUAAAACUAUUGAAAAAAGGAUUGAAGCAGUUUUGCAAGAAAAAGAUGAUGUAAUGAAGGAAUUGGAUGGAAGACGAGCUUUGCUGGAAAGCAAAGAGCGAGAAUUCCUAACUUUGACAAAGUUACUAGAAAUCAGCAGAGAAAAUGAAUCAGCAGUCCUAUCAGACAGAGAAGUUCUGGAAGACUAUUUAAAUAAACGUGCCUUGGAGAAGGAAAAACAGCAUGAUAUUCUCAUUCACAAGCAAAAACAGAAAGAUAGAGAAAUGAGAUAUUUAAAAAAGAUGGAGUUACAACUGAAAAUGGCUUACGAUUCAUUGCAUCAAAUUAAGUCACAGCAUAAAAGACUCAAAUUAGAGGCAGAAACUAUCCCUAAAAAAAACGUACCAUUAUUAGAGAGGAGACGAGAACUACAGAAGGAAAUUGAAAUGAAGAAGAGAAGUUUAGCUGACCAGAAAAUGAUAUCCAAUAUGGAUGCCCACAUGUUAGAAGAAUGUAUUGCUGAAGAAGGCCGGCUUUUCCAAGAGCAGGAACAAUGCAGAGAUGAGUUAUCCAGACUUGCACGUCUGACUUGGCUCAAACUUGAAGAGAAGGGACAGAAAUUUAAGGAUGUUCGGAAAGCCCAGAUAAGACUCCAAAAUAUUAUUGCAGAAAUAAAAAGAAAGGAUCUUGAAAUAAGAGAGCAUAAAAAGAGGAAAAGAGAAGUUCAAAAACAACUCCAAGGAUUUGCUAAAAUGUAUGAUGUUAUCCGAAAUGAAAGGAAUAAAUGUGUAAAUUUGGUACAUGCUGCUCAGCAGAAAACAACUGAGAUUAAAGACAGGGUAAAAUUGCUAGCAAAUGAGAUAGAAAAUUUAAGGAACACUGCUAUAAUCAGGGAAAGAAAACUGCAGAGACGCCGCCUGAAGAAUGCAAAUAAUGUAGCAAUUAAAGACAGUCUCAGAAAUGAUUAUUGCAAAAUUGUACAAGUUGUGCAUGAGAUGAAAGAAAAGAAAGAGCAACAGUUGCUGGAUCUUGACAGACUUACAAAUAUGAUCACCAGUAUUGAAGAAGAAAUUGUACAGCUACGCAAAAAAUAUGAAAGGGCUAUUCGACAACAAAACGAGAGUGGUGUUUUGCUCAGAACUAGAGAAGAAGAAGUAUGCAUUUUGUAUGAGAAAAUAAAUUUGCAAGAGAUGAUGUGUAGAAAUGGAGAAAUUGAGAUGCAAGCCAUGGAUGAAAAAAUCAGAUUUCUGAAGAUGAAAGUAGCUGAGAAAAAGAGACAAAUUGAACUGUGUUUCCAAAUGCUACCAAUGAAGAGUGCCCUCGAUGGAGAUUUGGCGGUACUUCAGAUACAGUAUUCGCAGUGCAAGGACCGGAUUAAACAUCUCGAGGAAAUCUUUGCUGACCCUGAGAAUAAGACUAGAAAGCGAGUCUUGGGAGGAGAGGACCCAUCUCCACCUGAACUGCUAGAAAAGAUUGAACAGCUAGAGGUGGAGCUGCUACAGAAGGAGGAGAGACUGCUGGAGAUGGAUUUUAUCUAUGAACAAGUUUCCCGGCUAACAGACCGAAUCCAAACCACAGCAGAAGAUGGGAAGCAGGACACACUGCUAUUAGCUAAAAGGACAAAUGAACUGCAGAAGAAGAUAAAGGAUAAAACCCAAAAGAUGAUGGCUCUUGUUGCAGAGUUGUCCAUGAAGCAAGCACUUGCCAUUAAACUCCAGCAGGAAGUGAGAGACAGAGAACACUUUUUGAUGACUGUUUCAUCAAGGAUAGAUCAAGGCCUUCCCCUUCCUCAAGAAACCGAAAGGGAAUGGCUGAAGGUACUGCGCAAUGAGAAGAUGCAGAAAGAAGCAGCUGAAGCUAGAGCUAAACGUGCUGCAGAAGAGGAACAAGCUGCAUUGCCUGGUUCUGUCCACACAACAGCUGAACAACGCCCAACUGCUUAUAUCCCAAAUGAUGAAAGCAGUCUCCCGCUGCCACGGCCCUAUGGUGCUUUGGCUCCUUUCAAACCCAGUGAACCUGGUUCAAACAUGAGACAUAUCAGAAAACCAAUUGUAAAGCCAAUUGAAAUCUGA